AAAUGUUUCCAUCCCCAGCCAAUCCCUGGAAAGGCAGAAGGGCACUCCUCCAAUGGGAGCCGGGGAGCUGUCGGUAGCGGCGUAGGCCCGUGCCCCUGCUCGCGCUGCAGCCCGUGGAAGGGUUCCGUCCAGCGUAUCCUUCAGAUCUUGCUGUAGGCCUCUCGUGUCUGUGCGCGCGCGGCAGGGGCGGCGGCGGCGACGGCCGGAGGUGUACGGUCAGCGGGUUGCGGAGGAUCGUGCGGGUAGCAAAGGGAAGCCGAGUGCUCCUGCGGCUCCCAGACUGCAACCAGUUGCUUCCUCUACUGAAGUCUUGAAACCCCUGAAAGUCAUCCCUGAGGUUUGAAGUUAACUUCUUCUACACCCUGUUAAUGUUGAUAUUUUGACCUCCUUCCAUGAAUCACAAAUGUUCUUAAUGGCAUCUAGAAUGAACAUGCAUCAUUAUUAGAACCAUCACCCUGCAGCUAGCUUGGAUACCAUUAAAAGGGCUCAUCAGCUGCAAACGGAUUAAAGUAUCUGAUACUCGGGAAGACAGAGUUUCAGGGUUUCUACCUGGAGCUACACCCUCAGGAAGCCCCUCCUUGGCCUCCCUGCACCCAGUCCCAUCCCAACCAGUCACAACUUGGGCUGUGCGUGGUGUUUCUUGGAAACUGGAACACAGACUCCUCCAGCAGCUCCACAGGUCCCUUGUCCUCAAUGAGCAGAAGACUACAGGAGCUGGCUACUGAAGAGGCUGUCCAAGUAAUAGAGCACCUUCUUGGCCCUGCUUAGCACAUUUACUGCAGAGCUGGAUGCUACUUAUUUGUGCUCACCACCUUCAGGGACUGCAGAGAGAUUUGUCAGACCCUACUUCACUAAGGGCCACCCUCUAAGGAUCUCCAGAAGAGGCUGCCCAUAGAGAGAAGUGGCCUGCCUAGGGUCUCCACUUCCUCAGGUCCUACCCGGACACCUCUAGGGCUGAGGGGAUCAGUAUCUCUUCACCUACCUGUAAUCCACAUACCAAGUGGAAGAAUCUGCCCGCUAUUUUUUGUUUGUUGGUUUUGGCGGGAAGAGUUUUAACUACUGCUGUAACUCCUUUAGUAGCUAUGGAACUGUUGAGGAUUUCUUUUUCUUCUUGAGUCGAUUUUGGUAAGAUAACAGUUUUCUAGGAGUUGGUCCAUUUUGUCUGCAUUUUCAAAUUCAUUGGCAUAAAGUUUCCUUUUUAUUCUGUGCUGUGUAUGAACUGUAACAAUGUCUCCUUUUUCAUUACUGAUAUUGGUUAUUUGUGCCUUCUCACUUUUUUUCUUGAUCAAUCUCACCAGAGGUUUAUCUAUUUUAUUAGUCUUUUCAAAGAACCAACUUUUGGCUUUGUUGCUCCUCUCUAUUGUAUCUUUGUUUUCUAUUUCUUUAAUUUCUGCUCUUAUCUUUUUUGAUCUCCUUCCUUCCACAUUUUUUGGGUUUAUUCUGUUGUUCUUUUUCUAAUUUAACUGGACAUUGAGCUCAUUAAUUUUCAUUCUUUCCCAUUUUCUAAUUUGUGCAUUUAAGGAUAUAUAAUUUCCCUCUAACUGCUGCUUCUCCAUAAGUUUAGAUAUGUAGUAUUUUCAUUAUUGCUCAGUUAUAAGUACUUCAUUUCCAUCAAGGUUACUUCUUUGACCUGUAAGUUAUAUAGAAAUGUGUUUUUAGAUUUCCAAAUGUUUGGGGAUUUAAAAUUUUAUCUCUUUGUUAUUGAAAUCUGUCUUAAUUGCAUUAUGGUCAGAGGAUGUGGUUUGUGUGACAACAACUCUGAAAUUUUUUAGACUUGUUUUAUGGCUUAGUAUGUGACCAAUAUUUUUGAAUGCUUCCUAUGUGCUAAUUUAUAAGAAUGUGUGUUCUCUAAUUGUUGAAUACAGAGAUCUACAUAUGUCUAUUAUCAAGUUUGUGAACUAUUGUUCAAUUUUUACUUACCUAUACUGAUUUUUUUGGUCAUUAUCUACUGAUAAUUGAAAGAGGUGCGUUAAUGUUCAACUGUAAUGGUGGAUUUGGCAAUUUCUCCUUGUAAUUCUAUCUCGUUUCUUGCUUUAUAUAUUUUGAGGGUGUUCAUUAGGAAUAUUCAAAUUAAAAAUUGUUAUAUAUUCCUGAUAAAUAUGUAAUGACCCUCUCUAUUCCUGAUAAUGCAUUUUUCUUUGAAACCUAUUUUAUCUUAUAUUAAUGUAGUAACACAAACUUUUCUUGUUGGGAUUUGUGUGGUAUAUAAUUUUCCAUCCUUUUACUUUUGAGCAUUUUCAUGCCAUUAUGUUUAAUUAUAUCUCUUGGAAACAACAUAUAACUGGACCUUUUAAAAAAUCUAAUCUGAUUAUCUCUUUUGGUUGGCAGGUUUAGUCUGUUUACAUUUACUGUGAUGUAUUUGGGCUUGUUUCUACCAUCAUACUUUUUUAUUUCUGUUUACCAUCACUACCUUUUCUGUGCUUCAUUUUCUCUUUUCUCGCCUGCUUUUUUAGUUUUGAGAUUUGUUUUCUUAUUCAAUUUUUUUCCUCCCUAUUUUUAAAUUUUUUUCUAUUCUUUCUGUGGUUAUCCUUGAUGUUUUCCAUAUGUGUUUAACUUAUAAAGUCUAAAGUUAAACAAUAUUUUAGCCCCCUUCUUAAAGAAUGCAGGAAGCUUAGAAACCUUCAACUCUAGUCAUUCCUCUCCUGAUCACAUACUGUUGUUUUCAAAUAUGUUAGUUUGUUCCUUUUUAUAAACCUCACAAUUUUGCAUCAUUGUCAGUGUUAUUUUACAUAGACAGUGUUUGUUUGGACUUACAUGCAUACAUUCUUGUAUCGCAGAUCAUCCUUUGGGAUCAUUUUCUUUCAUUAUGAAUAUAGUGUUUAAAUGAGUUUUUUUUUUUUUAGUACAGGUCUCUUGAUGUUAAAUUCUUCCAGUCUUUCUUAUAUGUAAAUGUCUUUAUUUUAUCCUCAUUCUUAAAAGAUAGUUUGUUACAGAUAUUUUUACUCAACACUUAGAAUAUAUGGUUCCAUUCUCUUUUGGCUUUGAGAAGUCUGUUGCUAUUAAGAAGUCGACUAUCAGACUAAUUGCUGGUUUUGUGUGUGUGUGUGUGUGUGUAGUAGUAGUAGUAGUAGUAGUAGUAGUAGUGGUAGUAGUAGUAGUAGAAUGUGCAGGGGGUCCUGCAGUUUUACUCUAACAUGUUUACAUAUGUAUUUUUUUUUAAUUCUACUUUGGGAAUGUCAUGCUUUGUGGCUCAGUGAAUUCAUGCUUUUCAUAAUUUCUGGGAAAUUCUCAACCAUUAUCUCUUCAAAUAUUGCCUUUCAUUUUUUUCUAGUUUUUCUUUCUCGGAAUACAGUUAGUCAUAUUUUGGACCUCCUCAUUCUAUCUUCCGUAUCUCAUAACAUCUCUGAGAUUUUCUAUCUCCUUGUCUUUCUGCACUUCAUUCUGGAUAAUUUCUUUAGGUAUAUCUUUCAGCUUACUGAUUCUCUUUUCAACUAUGUUUAAUCUGCUCUUUAAUCUGCCCAUUGAGUUUUUUAUUUCAAAAGUUAUAUUUUUCAUUUGUACAAACCUCAUAUAUUUUACUUGCUAAUCUGCCUAGUCAUCCCUAAUAGUCUCUUAUUGCUUGGUCAUCUUUGUGAUUACAUCUGUUAUUACUUCUUUAAAACAUUUUAUAUAAUUUUUGUUCAACCAGUAGUCACUGUUUGCAUGAGUAUGACAUUGUAAAUAUUGCUCACAUCAAAACUACAUAGUAUAUUCUGAUUACAUAUCCUUCGUUGUAUACCCUUUCGUUUUCCUUGGAGCUAAUAAUUGUGUAUUUUGUUUUCUUUUGCUUAGUGUUCUAGUACCUAUACUAUUCUUCUCUGAAAUUCUUUAUACAAUCCAAAUCAGAUCAUGUCCUUCCACUAUUCAGAAUUCUCCCAUGGCUCCCACCUCCCUCAACAAAAGCCAAAGCCCUCACCAUGGCCCAAAGUCCCUACAUAAUCUGGUUCCCUUUACCUCUCUUACCUUGUCUCCUAUCACUCUCAAUAUCACUCACUCUUCUCCAGCUACACUGGCCUCCUUGCUGUUCCCCAAGUGUGCUAGAUACCCUUCCUUUUCAGGGCCUUUGUACUUGUUCUUCUUACUGCCUGAAACACCCUUCCUCCUAAAUAAUCUGAUGAGUUGCCCUAGUACUUCCAGUGUGCUCAAAUGUCACCUCCCUAGAGAAGUGUUUCCUGAUCAACAUAUCUAAAAUCGCCCCAUCACAUGCAUUUUAUAUCCCUUUAUCCUAUUUUAUGUGUGUUUUUCUACAAAGCACUGAUCACCACCUGGUAUAUUUUAUAUUCAUUUAUUGUGGUUAGUGUCUGUCUCUCUUCAGUAGACUGUAAGCUCCAUAAAGCAGGGACUUCUGUUUUGUUCACUGCUGUAUCCCCAGUGCCAAAAACAACGGUGCAUAGUAGAUACUCAAUAAAUAUUUGUGGAAUAAACGGA